AUGAUUCGUCGUAUUAUCUACGAUGUUGAAUUUCGUGUAUUAGUAAAAGAAAAAUUAAGUCCAUGUGAUAGUGUUCUUGUAACCGGUUCAUGUGAACAAUUAGGUGAAUGGAUACCAAAUCGUUGUAUACCAUUAAAUCGUAUUGAUCGAACAGAAGACGGUGAAAUAUGGUCAACAAAUAUUAAAAUCAAUGGACAAGGAAAAAUUUUUUAUCGAUAUGUUAUUGCACAAAUUGUUCGAAUUGAUGAUGAUAUGAAUUUAAUUAUUAAAGAAUGGGAAACAUUUAAAGAAGCACGACAAUUAUUAUUCAAUGCAAUUGAUACGAAUGAUCAUAUUAAUAAUGAACACUCAGAAGAAUUUCCAGCCAUAUUUGGUUAUCAUAAAAAUAUAUGUCGCACUGAUGUUGGUUGGUUAACAGGUCAGUCAGAAAUACAAUUACGUUUUCAUUCAAAUUCUCUACAAAUAUGGUCAACAAAAUUACGUAAUAAAACAUUAUCAAUAAAAGUUUCUCCAAUAGAUUUAACAUAUCAACAAGAAAAUGAAGAAAUAACAUCAGAUUCAUUAAAUCAAAUUUAUACACCAACUUCAAAAGUAUUUAUUCAAUCAGCUAUAUUACGUUUAUCAAGUUGUGAAACAAAUAUUCAAAGUGAUUAUGGUGCAAUAUUGGAGAAAGAUGAUUAUUUCAUUGUUAAAAUUCAAACAUUUGAACCUGAAAAUGUUGCUUAUCAUAUUGAUUUUUAUCUAGUUGAUGAAUCAAUACCAUUAAGAGAUCAUAUAGGAUUUGCUUAUGUUUUACCAAUACAUUCUAGCCUUGAAUUAAACGAUAAUAAGCAUCUCAAUCGAAUUGUACCAAUUAUUGGACUCAAACAUAAUCCAAUAGGACAGAUUAAAAUAGAUGUUUUAUUAAUUACACCAUUAAAAAAUAUUCAACAAGAAUUUCUUGUUACACAAUCGAAAUAUUGGCGUGAAGGUCGAAGACCAGUGAAUGUUGGUCAUAGAGGUUUGGGUAAAACAAAUGCUGAACAUAUUCCAUCGAAAUAUCAAUCAACUGAUUCAGUUCAUCAUCGUUCCAAUGAUCAUUCAAUGAAUGUAUCAAAUAAUCAUUCUUCAACUUCAUCUAUACCAUCAAUAACACGACCAGUUCAAACAAAAUUUGUUAGUGAAAAUACUUUACCUUCAUUUAAAGGUGCAUUUCAACUUGGAUUUGAUUUUGUUCAAUUUGAUGUACAAUUAUCUAAAGAUAAAAUACCUGUUGUUUAUCAUGAUUUUCAAGUUGCUAUUACACUUAAACGUAAAUUUCAACAAGCAGAAUUAUUUGUUGUACCAGUUAAAGAUUUAACAUUACCACAAUUACAAUCAUUAAAAAUUCAUCAGGCUAGUAAAACAGAUGUUAGUAAAAUAGAAGAUGAAUUUGAUGAUGAUGAACAAAUUAAUCAAGAAAAAUUUCGUUCAUUAUUUCCAACACUACAAGAAUUAUUUGAACAACUUGAUCCUCAUCUUGGUUUUAAUGUUGAAAUAAAAUAUCCUAUGGAAUAUCGACAAGGUGGUUGUGAACAAGAUUAUUUUUUUGAAAGAAAUGAAUAUAUCGAUUGUAUUCUUGGUUGUCUUAUUACUUAUGCUGGUAAACGUGUUAUUGUUUUAUUAACAUUUGAUCCUGAUUGUGCAUCAAUGCUUCGUCGUAAACAAACAUUAUUUCCUGUAUUAUUUUUAACACAAGGUGAUAAAGGUGAUUGGCCACAGUUUUCAGAUGUACGAACAUGGUCUAUUAAUAUUAGUUUAUGUUUUAUCGUUGCAGAACAUUUAUCAGGUUUAGCUGCACCAGCAUUAGAUAUUCUUUCGGAUAAAGAUUUUGUAAAACAUGUAAAAACUAAUGGCAAAUUAUUAUUUAUUUGGGGUGAUGAAGCAAGUAAUAAAGAUGUAUCGAAAUGUUUGAUUGAUUUAAAAGUUGAUGGUCUCAUUUUUGAUCAUGUAGCAGAACUUAAAGAUGAACAUUCAACAACAGAAAAUCUUUUUAUUGCUGAAGAACGUGAAGAAUUGGAAGUUCUUAAUAAUUUUCGUCAACAACAACUUGAAUUAAAACAUCGUCAAUUAUUACAAGAACUUGAAAGUUUACAAUCAGCACGUGAAAGAAAUGAUUUAUCAAUAUCAAUUACAAAUCAACCAUCUGGAUCAGUUGAGAGUGCUGAUAGCGUAUCAGAACAUAUUUCCAUAGAUUCUAAUUUUAAAGAUUUAAUGUAA